GAUCACGUGCCAGCAGCGCGUUCUCAGCCGUAAAUCUCCCUAAAAAAACCUGACUCGUACAAUAUGGCUUCAAAGCACAACGGCAAUCAACGAAUGUCAAUAAAAGUAAAUAAUAGAAAAAAGUGUGAAAGUAGCAAACAGAAGAUUACACAUUCCUUACAAAUGAGAAAGUGUGAGCAAAAGCAAUUGAAAAAAACUGCAAAUAGGAAGAGAUAUGAGAUAUGAGCUGAAGCAGAGCUGCAACAUUUUAUUUGUAAGUGUUAAAACGACAACAAAAAAUUCUGAAGAAACAACAACAACAAACUUAGCUAUCACACUAAGACAAUGCAGACGCCAUUUUACGAGCUAUGAAAGACAUGUCAACGCGUUAAUGCAAGAGAAAUCACAACCAGCGAUGUAAGAAAAAUAAAAAUAAAAAACAAAAGAAAUAAUUAAAAAAAAACAAAAACCAGUGUUGAAAAGUGUACUAACGAGCCACGCUGCGCAAGUUUUUAAUAAUCAAAUGAAAGGGGCGACCACGCGUUUGUGUGUGUAAUAACUACUCGUAGAAAUAUCCUUUCGGUAAACAAAGCAACACACACAAACACGCAAAGACUUACAUGUAAAUAAAAACUCUGCGGCGCCAUUGACCAGCGCAUCACAGUGGCGUGCCAAGUGAAAUUCUUGUACAAAUUAAUUGCAAACCCACGCGCUUCGGCACGACGCUUCAGCGAAUUGUAUAAUUGCUUAAAACUGCAAAACCGGCGCCAACAGGUGAACGAGCGAACAAUAAGACGCCUUAGUGGUAAAGCAGUACAUUUGAAAAAGUAAUUAGCAACAAACAAAAAAAAAACAAAAAUAAUCAAAUUAAAAAACAUUUAUAAUACAUAAAUAUAUAAAAAAUAAAAAAAAAAUUCAAAAAAUUAAAAUAAUAAUAAUUUCAAAAAUAUUAAAUACAAAAUAAUAGUAAACAAAGAAAUAAAAAUAAUAAUAAUAAACAAAUUGAGAUUCCAAAUAGCAACAAAAGUAUUCCGCAACACAAGCACAAGCAUUCCACUACAACACUCGUCCUCCACACUAAACCGCAAAAAUGUCCGAGUUCCGUUUCUUUUCGCUAGCCGAUUUCCAAUAUAUCAGCAAUGAUUCGUCUCUCUUCACCUUGCCGAUUGCGCUCUCGACGAAGAGCACACCUGCCUAUGACAAUGAGAUGUCGGAUGACUUGAAUGUACCGUAUAUGGUGUUUGAGAUUUUGGUUGCCAUUUUUGCCAUUGUCGGCAAUUUCAUGGUGAUUGUUGUGUUCCAACGCGACCGUAAACUACGACGACGCACUAAUUAUUAUAUAGUUUCAUUAGCUAUGGCGGAUUUCCUCGUUGGCUCCUUGGGUGUACCGUUUGCCAUAUUGGCUUCGAUUGGUUUGCCAAAAGAUCUAUAUACUUGCCUUUUUACCGUUUCGCUGUUGGUUGUAUUGUGCACGAUUUCGAUAUUCUGCUUGGUGGCAGUGUCAGUAGAUCGUUAUUGGGCCAUACUCUAUCCGAUGGCAUAUUCGAGGAAUGUACGCACGCGGACUGCAAUUAUCAUCAUCUCGUUGUGUUGGGUUGCUGGCACUAUUGUGGGCUUCCUGCCGUUAUUUGGCUGGCAUGUAAAGCCUGAAAACGAAGCGGAUAUGACCUGUCAUUUUGUCAAAGUAAUGGACUACAACUAUUUGGUUUUCCUGUACUUUGCCACCAUAAUUACGCCAGCGCUACUAAUGUUGGCCUUCUAUACACACAUCUAUCGUGUCAUUGUCAAGCAGGUGCGGCAAAUUGUCACCAUGAAUCCGAUGAGCGACAGCAGUCGUCGCAAUUCGAACACGCAAAUGCAACCGGGACGGUCUUGUCAUGGCGGCACCAUGUUGCGUGUUUUAGGUGCUUCACGCAAACGUGAUGUCAAAGCCACACAGAAUCUCUCUAUCAUUGUAUUGUUCUUUAUGAUCUGCUGGUUUCCGCUGUACACAAUCAAUUGCAUUAAGGCAUUCUGCCCGGAUUGUCAGGUGUCUGGGAAACUGACACUAUUCUGCAUUAUACUCUCUCACCUAAAUUCGGCCGGUAAUCCGGUAUUGUAUGCAUACCAUUUGAAGGACUUUCGAUUGGCACUGAAGAAUUUGUUGCUGAAGAUAAUGGGUAUUGAGGUUGAACAGCCGGUGGAUCCAAUACAUCGCUUCUCGCUGGCAAGUCAGCACCGCUUACAUUCCAUCGAUGCUAGCAUGCGGCACUCACUGCAGCCACGUAUUUAUAUAGAUUCACCCAUUUGGUUGCGACAGCAACAGCAGACACUCAAGGGCUCGCCGCUGGUGCCCAAGUGUGGCGUAAUCACGCCCUGUUUAAACAACAUACACCAAACCGUAGCCGCUGUGGCCUCGAUGCCCACCGAUAUCGGACGUGAUAUGUGGAACAUAAUGGAGGCUUCAAGCGGUGCCGAGCUGGAAGACGUCAAUUACGAAUUUCCGCUAGAUAGAAGCUCGAAUACACCACCGACACCCGCAUCACAACAGGAGCGACGCAACUCCUCGCUCGACCACUGCAAUACACCCGACUACUCAUAUAACAAUUGCAAUUAUAACAUCAGCCCGGAUGAAUCCGAACUAGAUGAAGUCUUCCUACCGAAUAUCCACAAGAGCAGCGACAGUAAUAGCAUGGAAAGUGUGCGACCCAAUGGACAUCUGCAUAAUGCACAACGCAGCGAAAUAAUAGCGGGCGCAAUGCGCGAGAAACUGCGCUCCGAUGACACGGACUACCAGAGCCAAGUGCUGAGCAAUCAGCGCGCACUCACCGAUUCCUCGUACAGUGACUACGAUGUACAAAAGCAAAGCGCUGGUCAUACACCGCCCGCAAAAGGUAGAUUGCUGACUACGUUGCGACAUUGUCGGCUGCCACAACAGGAUCUUAGCACCUGUAAAGCAGCGCCAGUCAUUACCGCUGGCAAUAAUGGUGAAACUGUUGAGCAUAGCAGCAUUGGCUUGUAUUCGCGUUCCGCAUCUAGUCAGUCGGGACUCAGCAAUUCUGAAGUUUAUGUUAUUGAAAAUGACACGAACCCCUUGUCGCCGCGUCGAAAACGUAAAUUUAAAAAAUCGCAACGUCCAACCAAAAACUCUAAUAAGACGGCUGUAGUGAUGAGAAAUACAAAUAGCCGGCAAACGAUUUCCUGCACCAGUGACUCACCGACCACCACGCCCACCAAAGAGCUGGCGAAUGGUGCCAGACCAACCGACGCAACGCAGUCAACUCUACAAACUAACAGCGCCGGCGCUAGUAAUGGCAACAUUACACAGCAACAAGCGCUGCAUACCGACGCUAGUCAGCCACCGUUGAACAACAACAAUAACAGCAAUAACAAUAACAAUAGAAAUAAGAAUAACACAAAUCACAAAAUAAAUUGCCGUGCGGCAGAGCGACAACAACAGCAGCCACACGCAAUACAUGGACAUCAUCAGCACGAUAUGUUCGGCCCGUUGCGCGCUGUCGGUCACCUGAUUUUCCCGCCCCUUGCAAAACAUUCCAGCCUCUUUCAUCUAUUCCAACCGAGCGUGUCCAGCAGCGUGGACACAACAACAACGACACGCAAAACGACUGCAAGUGCAACGGCAGCUGGCACAACGGCGGCAGCAGCGGUCGCGGCGGCCGCAACAAAAACUGCCGCCGCUGAAGCCGUUAUGACAACUACAUCACCAGCACAUAUUACAGCUAGGUCCACUGCAACCACUACCACACCCAGCGAGCGUGAAGCCACACAAACGAACAUCGCUUCGCGCGUCACUUCGGUUGAUGAGUCGAUUUUGACAACAGUCACCGAUUUAACAGAGCCCACGCCAACGCCACAGUCCAAAGCGCAGCCACCGCCUCCAACAAUAGCCACAAAAUUAGGUUAGGAAAUGAGAGGAGGAGUACUGAAUCGGGAGGCCCCUACUGCCUAGCCACUAGCGCUGGUAUACGUUUUCCAUAUUUUCUACUUUAUUUGUAUUUGUAUGAUUUUAUCAAUAAGUAAUUAUUAACUAAUGUUGCUAUAUGUGCAUAUAAGGUAUCUAUACGACUAAUUGUAUAAUUAUUUUAUAGUUAUCAACCAAUACUCAUUCUAAGUGUACUAGCGUUUUAUCUAGGUCUUAAAUAUUUAAUUACUAUGUACCUACAUAUGUAUGUUAGUAUAUAUAUCUACAUAUUAUUAUACACAUAGUAUAUAUUUGUAUGCAUGUAUUCAAUUUGAGUUUGAUAAGAAUUCGCCGAGAGCAAAUUAUUAAAAUAAUGCGACAAAAUAAAGCUUUUGUGUGGCAUUAAGUUUAAAACUAUACAUGUAGGUAUGUGUGUGUGGCUGACGUUAAAAUAUAGUUAACGCAAAUGUGAAUGCCGCCCAAUUUGAAAUAGCAAUUGAAUGUAUGGUAGCUCAGCAAAUGUUGGUAUUAUAUCCACCAAAGUCAACGGAGAGGUUAUACAAAAUAUCAAGUUCAAUUUUAAAUACACAUAACUGUCAAUUUGUUCAAUAAUAAAAUAUACUUUUUGAAAACUUAACGAAAC